GGAGACGGAGACGCUGCCAACGAAAGCGGGAGUGGCGUGGCGUGGAGGCGGAGGGAAGCAUCCCGCGCACGGUGGACAUGUGUAGCUUCUCGGCUCCAUCUCCGAUCCCUCGCUCUCUCUCCCAUCCCCAUCCUUCGUCGGCGUCCGUCCGCGCUCCGCGCCAAGCGAACAAACCAUGACGACGUUGACGGCAGCUGCGUCAGCUUAGAUCACCGGACUCCCCUCACCCUGAGAACAGCCAGCUAACCAUGGAGAUCGCGCGGGUGUUCGCGCCGCCGCCGCCGCGCCUCGCGUGCCCCCGCGCGUCGUCGAGGAAGGGGAGCGCCCCGUGUCCCCCCAACUCGCUGCCGGGGCGCCAUGACCACGCCGUGAAGAGACCAGGCGGUGGCGACGCGGCGAGCGGGAGGAGCGUCAACGGCGCCGCUCCCGCUCCGGCGCCGAAGAGGAAGCAGAGGCGCGGGCCUCAGGACGUGGAGGACGAGGCGUGGGGGCUGCUCCGGGAGUCGGUGGUGCGCUACUGCGGGAGCCCCGUGGGCACGAUCGCCGCGUGCGACCCCAACGACGCCAGCCCGCUCAACUACGACCAGGUGUUCAUCCGGGACUUCGUGCCCUCGGGCGUCGCCUUCCUCCUCAGGGGGGACUACGAGAUCGUCCGCAACUUCAUUCUGCACACGCUCCAGCUCCAGAGCUGGGAGAAAACGAUGGACUGCCACAGUCCAGGUCAAGGGCUGAUGCCAGCAAGUUUCAAGAUUCGUGUUGUUCCACUUGACGGCGAGGACGAUGCAACUGAGGAAGUCCUGGAUCCUGAUUUUGGGGAGGCUGCAAUAGGCCGUGUGGCCCCAGUUGAUUCGGGUUUAUGGUGGAUCAUAUUGCUGAGAGCAUACGGAAAAUGUUCGGGUGAUCUAUCGGUUCAGGAGAGAAUUGAUGUCCAGACUGGAAUAAAAAUGAUCUUGAAGCUCUGCUUAGCUGAUGGAUUCGACAUGUUCCCUACCUUGCUUGUCACUGAUGGUUCGUGCAUGAUAGAUCGUCGAAUGGGAAUCCAUGGACACCCAUUGGAAAUUCAGGCACUUUUCUAUUCAGCUCUCUUGUGUGCACGUGAGAUGCUUACCCCAGAAGAUGGAUCAGCUGACUUGAUCCGUGCCCUAAAUAGCAGACUCAUUGCACUCUCUUUUCAUAUAAGGGAGUAUUAUUGGCUUGACAAGAGAAAGCUAAAUGAGAUAUAUCGAUACAAAACAGAGGAAUAUUCUUAUGAUGCUGUCAACAAAUUCAACAUAUAUCCAGACCAGAUUCCUCCCUGGUUAGUUGAAUGGAUCCCUCCUAAAGGGGGUUACUUCAUUGGAAACCUGCAGCCGGCUCAUAUGGAUUUUCGGUUCUUUUCUCUGGGGAACCUGUGGUCAAUAGUAAGUAGUUUGGCAACGUCCCACCAGUCCACUGCUAUUUUGGAUCUGGUUGAAGCCAAAUGGUCUGAUUUAGUGGCGGAUAUGCCAAUGAAGAUAUGCUAUCCUGCUCUUGAGGAUCAGGAGUGGAAGUUCAUUACAGGGAGUGACCCUAAAAAUACGGCUUGGUCUUACCACAAUGGAGGUUCCUGGCCAACACUGUUGUGGCAGCUCACAGUGGCAUGUAUCAAGAUGGACCGGUCAGAGAUUGCAGCGAAAGCUGUGGAGGUUGCUGAGCGCCGUAUUGCCAACGAUAAAUGGCCUGAAUACUACGAUACCAAACGGGCACGAUUCAUUGGGAAGCAGUCUCGGCUUUUUCAGACAUGGACCAUUGCUGGUUACCUCGUAGCCAAGCAGCUGCUAGAAAACCCUGAUAAAUCUAGAAUACUGUGGAACAAUGAGGAUGAGGAAAUUCUCAACGCUCUGAAUCGCAUGACUGAUGCAUCCAAUCUGAAGAGGCGGCGUGGCAGGAAAGUACUCAAGAAGACAUAUAUUGUGUAAGUCCAGCAACAAUUUCGGCCUAUGCUCAUGUGUGCCAUAUGUUAUGUUAUACUAAGGAAUUUAUUGUCGUACAUAAGUGCAAAUUUCACAUUCUGUCAUUUUGGUCGCACCACCUUACACAUUGAUCUUAGUCAACUUAAUUCUGGAGCAAAAUCAUCAUAAUAUUCACAACGCAGCACAGCUUGUAUGCAACAGAAUAAAAGGUGCCUACGUUCACCAACGAAAGCACACAGUGCCACAGUGGUGUACGUUCCGUCGGCAACACAGGUUGUGUGGUCUAUCAUUACUGGUCAGUACUAGUACUGUAAUAAACAGAAGAUGCACAUGGCUGCUGAAUCCAUGCUGCUUAAUUUUGAUGGUAUUGACAGGGAAUAGCGUUACUGAAAUUAUUACUCGGCUUCACUCGAGCUGGUAGUACCUCCCGGCCUUAACAAGUGACAGCCAAUUCCAGAUGCCACCCAGGCAAUAUGCAAAUGCAAUACAACAGCAUAUUCUACAUCUCCCAUCUGGACUUGCACAAGCCCUGGCUGCCGAACCCGUGCUAAUCUGGUAUUUUUGAUGGUAUUAACAAGGAAUAAAGUAUCAGGCUUAACAGCGGAUUACUCAUUUCCAACAGAAAGGCUGCAGGGAAGUGGAACUACCUCUAGCUAGCUACCAGCCUACAUGCUACAGAUGUUCUUCGGAAUGCAAGAGUAC